GAAUGAUUGGACCGGGGAAGUUGCAUUUGGACGGAAGGUGUGUAACACGGAGAAAUUAAAUACUCUAUAUUGGGAAAAGGGGGCCUGCCCUGUUGGCGUUAAAAGGCAGCCACUCUGCGGAACCAACAAGGAACGGAACCAAUUAUUCUCUCUGAAUCAGAUUAGAUCUCGAUUUUUGUGCCUUGUGUGUGAUGGCUUCGAAACGGAUAUUGAAGGAGCUUAAGGAUCUUCAAAAGGAUCCUCCUACCUCUUGCAGCGCCGGGCCUGUUGGAGAGGACAUGUUUCACUGGCAGGCCACAAUUAUGGGUCCCCCAGACAGCCCUUAUACCGGCGGUGUAUUUUUAGUUACUAUACAUUUUCCUCCUGAUUAUCCAUUCAAACCUCCUAAGGUUGCUUUUAGGACAAAAGUUUUCCAUCCAAAUAUUAACAGUAAUGGCAGUAUAUGCCUUGACAUAUUGAAGGAGCAAUGGAGCCCUGCCUUAACUAUUUCCAAGGUUUUGCUUUCAAUUUGCUCACUUCUGACGGACCCAAACCCUGAUGACCCCCUGGUGCCCGAGAUUGCUCACAUGUACAAGACAGACAGGGCCAAAUACGAAUCAACUGCCCGGAGUUGGACCCAGAAGUAUGCCAUGGGUUAAGAUAUUACCUAUGAGGGUCUGAAUCCUUGUAAAAAGAAUUCAUGCGUCUGUUCUCUCUACUCUCCCAAUGAACAAGUAUAGAAUAGCAUUAAACAUUGUCCUCUCCAAGAAAAAGGAGAUGCUUUGAAUAUUUUUGUAUGGAUACUAACAUCUGAAGAAAUCUGGGAAGGGUUAUUUAUCUGGAUUAAAGUUACAGCUUUGAUUUCAAUGGUUUGUGUAAAACUUUGACAGUUUCUGUAUUUAAUUUCCGAUCGUGUUUCUUACUUCAGAUAAACACUCUUAUAACAUGUUUGAGAACUAUUCUUCCA